UUGAAUCCGGCUUCUCCGGGGAGCGCAGGGCGCACACAGGGUUAAGUCAGGUCCCUCCCCCGUCGGAGGGAGGGGCAGGGAGGUGGGGGGAAAGCAGCCCAGUGUCUCCGGCUGGGUACCUUGUAGUUAGUUGUACGUUGGAAACCUGUCGCCGUCACUUUCGAGUUUGGCAUCUUCCAUGGUCGCCGCAGAGGAACGAGCGCUCCGAGACGACAUCGGCGGCCGAAGUCUCCGCGCCACGGCUCCGAGCUGCUACCGCUCGGGUGCGUCUCUGGUCCUAGGUCCGGGGUAACCAGCAGCAGCGAGGCCACAGCUCCGCGCCGGCCGCCGUGCCCACCCAGCCCCGGAACCAGGUUGGCAGUUCUCAACGAUGGGCAGGAGGGACCUUGGCGGCGACCCCUAAAACAAUACCAUGCCCCGGGAGCCCCGCUGCUGCCGCGCCAGCUUCUUUCCUUUCCACCUCCCCGACCCCGUCGGAUUCGGAUGAGCCCGCGGCAAGGAGACGCGGACACCAGGUUGCAGAUCAAGCUUAACCGAGAAGGCCAUAGGCUGACUAACGCUGACCGGAACCACAACCGGAGAAGGGUCUUCCGCCUGCCCAGCUGGGCCCCUAUUGAGCGCUCAUAACUUGGCUUCCUUUGUUGCCUGUGCAGAAAAUUAUUGCUUGGAGCAUCUGUAUAGAAAAUUUUCUCUAUUGAAGUUUUUUUUCCUUUCUUUUCUUUCUUUUUUUUUUUUUUUUUGCACAUGGAGGACAAUAGUAAGGAGGGCACCACAGGUUCAUAAGACCAGAGGCCGCAGGAAGAUCCUUCCAGCGCAGGCCUUUGGGACUUUUCCUCUGGUUGGAUUUCUGGACUUCGACAGAUCCCAUCCAAUCAUUUUGGUUUUGCUUUUCUUUUUUUUUUUUCAUCUUUUUCUUUUGUCCAGCACAUUGUAUUUUAUUUCUGGACUUCAGAAAUGGGCCUGCAGACCACACAGUGGCCCAGCCAUGGGGCCUUCCUCCUGAAAUCUUGGCUUCUCAUUUCCCUGGGACUCUACUCGCAAGUGUCCAAACUCCUGGCGUGCCCCAGCGUGUGCCGCUGCGACCGGAACUUCGUCUACUGCAAUGAGCGAAGCUUGACCUCAGUGCCUCUUGGGAUCCCGGAGGGCGUAACCGUACUCUACCUCCACAACAACCAAAUUAAUAACGCGGGGUUCCCUGCAGAACUGCACAACGUCCAGUCGGUGCACACGGUCUACCUGUACGGCAACCAACUGGAUGAGUUCCCCAUGAACCUUCCCAAGAACGUCCGCGUCCUCCACUUGCAGGAAAACAACAUUCAGACCAUCUCGCGGGUGGCUCUCGCCCAGCUCCUGAAGCUGGAAGAGCUCCACUUGGAUGACAACUCCAUCUCCACGGUGGGGGUGGAAGACGGGGCCUUCCGGGAGGCCAUCAGCCUCAAGCUGCUGUUUCUCUCCAAGAACCACCUGAGCAGUGUGCCCGUCGGGCUCCCCGUGGACUUGCAGGAGCUGCGAGUGGAUGAGAACCGGAUCGCUGUCAUCUCAGACAUGGCCUUUCAGAACCUCACGAGCUUGGAGCGCCUCAUUGUGGACGGGAACCUCCUGACCAACAAGGGCAUCGCCGAGGGCACCUUCAGCCAUCUCACCAAGCUCAAGGAGUUCUCCAUGGUGAGGAACUCGCUCUCCCACCCCCCGCCCGAUCUCCCAGGGACGCAUCUGCUCCGGCUGUAUCUGCAGGACAACCAGAUCAACCACAUCCCCCUGACCGCCUUCGCCAACCUCCGCAAGCUGGAGCGGCUGGAUAUCUCCAACAACCAGCUGCGCGUGUUGACCCAAGGGGUCUUCGACAACCUCGCCAACCUGAAGCAGCUCACGGCGCGGAAUAACCCUUGGUUCUGUGACUGCAGCAUUAAGUGGGUCACCGAGUGGCUCAAAUACAUCCCUUCCUCCCUCAACGUGCGCGGCUUCAUGUGCCAAGGCCCCGAGCAAGUCCGGGGGAUGGCCGUCAGGGAGCUGAAUAUGAAUCUUCUGUCGUGCCCCACCACGACCCCGGGCCUGCCUGUCUUCACCCCAGCGCCCAGCACCGCGGCUCCGACCACUGAGCCGCCCACUCCCGCUGUCCCCACCCCUAGCAAAAGCUACCCGCCUCCGACUCCGACCACCUCCAAACUCCCCACGAUCCCCGACUGGGAUGGCAGAGAAAGAGGGACCCCGCCUCUUUCGGAGCGGAUCCAGCUGUCCGUGCAUUUUGUGAACGACACUUCCAUUCAAGUCAGCUGGCUGUCUCUCUUCACGGUGAUGGCCUACAAACUCACGUGGGUGAAAAUGGGCCACAGUUUGGUCGGGGGCAUCGUUCAGGAGCGCAUCGUCAGUGGGGAGAAGCAGCAUCUGAGCCUGGUCAACUUGGAGCCCCGAUCCACCUACCGGAUCUGCCUGGUGCCCCUGGAUGCUUUUAACUACCGGGCCGUGGAGGACACCAUUUGCUCGGAGGUCACCACCCACGCCUCGUAUUUGAACAACGGCAGCAACACUGCCUCCAGCCACGAGCAGACGACGCCCCACAGCCUGGGCUCCCCGUUCCUGCUGGCGGGCCUGAUCGGGGGCGCCGUGAUCUUUGUGCUCGUGGUCUUGCUCAGCGUGUUUUGCUGGCACAUGCACAAAAAGGGGCGCUACACGUCCCAGAAGUGGAAAUACAACCGCGGCCGGCGGAAAGAUGACUACUGCGAGGCGGGGACCAAGAAGGACAACUCCAUCCUGGAGAUGACGGAAACCAGCUUCCAGAUCGUCUCCUUAAAUAACGAUCAGCUCCUUAAAGGAGAUUUCAGACUGCAGCCCAUUUACACCCCAAACGGGGGCAUUAAUUACACGGACUGCCACAUCCCCAACAACAUGCGAUACUGCAACAGCAGUGUGCCAGACCUGGAGCACUGCCACACGUGACGGCCCGGGGCCAGCGUCACGCCGGCGCCCGGGGACACUCCCGGGAACACACACGUGUGCGCGCCUAGAGACACGCAGAUUACAUUUGAUAAAUGUUACUCAGAUGCAUUUGUGCAUUUGAAUACUCUGUAAUUUAUACGGUGUACUAUAUAAUGGGAUUUAAAAAAAAAGUGCUAUCUUUUCUAUUUCAAGUUAAUUACAGACGGUUUUGUAACUCUUUGCUUUUUAAAAUCUUACAAAAUAUAUAUAUAGUUGCUGAAGUACUGUACAGGGUUGUACAAAGAGAACCCAACGCCAAGGCGAGAGAACCGGUGAUUCUUCCUUCCGAUGCACAUUCACCACUUUGCUGUUGACGCUGUCAGGAUCCAUUCCUUUUCCUAGAGCUGGUGGUCAGAUGAAAGGGGCCAUGAAAAUGGACUCAUCGGGGUAGGAGAAAUAACAGGGGUCAAACAAAGGAUGGCCCAGAUAUCUUCAUGCUAUUUCUAUACUUCCUGGUCUGGUAAAAAAGUUAAAAAAAAUGCCAAAAUAUAAGAAAGGAGGUAGUUACCCUGAUUUGACCCAAAGCAGGAAAUGGAGAGAGCAUCACCAGGAAGUCAGUUCCUGUGAGAUAAGUUAACCCAAACUGGCGGCAUCAAGAAAAUGAGGCGAGUUUUGAACAGACCCUCAAACCUGGGGGUUGGUGUUCUGACCAGGAAUUUAUAAAAAAUCACUCCUCCUGCUUCCCUGGUCCUAUGUGAUAACAGAGUUAGAGACCCGAGUCGGAUUCCACUCAUCUUCGGGGACAGGUACGAUGUCCCAGCAAGAAAAUUCCCUUUAGAAGUGUUACUAUUCAAAGUAUAUGUCAGGUUGAAUCACAUUCAACAGAGAUAUAUUCUAGAAUACUUUUUUUAGAAGAGGCUAAUAAAAAUAAUGGGAAGAUUAUAUUGAAUGGAAUUAUUUUUGAUAAUGAGAAUUAUUUGGUAGAGUCACUGCAGCUAUGUCAACAUGAUAUUGAGACAAACAAGGGGUCAUCAGUGUUUGGAAUAUACUAAAACAGCUCGGUAUUUAAAAAGUAUUGAUACUUUUCAGACAACAGCAAGAGAUCAGUGGUUCUGCUAUACUGUCAACUGCCUUUGUUAGUAUCAUGUUGAAAUAGCUUGAAUUAAUACCUUUAACCCCUCGCAAAUUCUUGUCUUCCAAUCACCUCACAUAUAUUUUCAUAAUUAGCUAUUUAUGCUGUUUGUUUUUCUCCCCACUCUAGUCAAAAUUUAAAAGAAAGUUAUGGAUGCCAGUCUUGGUUUCACAAAAUAUCCAUAUACACUUUAAAAUGCAUACUAAUUUUCACUGCUAAUAAUUCUAUAAGGACACAGCAAAACUGACCAAAAAAUGCAUUUUUUUAAAAAAGCAAUAUUGAGUUUUCUCCUUGGAUUGACUUUGAUUCUGUCCCAUUUUGAAAUUUUAUUUAUUCCUUUUCAAUCUCAGAUGUUCCUCUUCUUUGGGAAUUGGGGAGGGAUAAUCAAUCUUAUAUUAACAUGAUAACAGAUGAAAAAUGAACAAGUCAGAGAGCCAAGAUUUUUUCCCCCUAAUUUUGGCAGGGCUGGGCACAGAACAGAGGGCAUAGAGAAGAGAGGGAUGUUCAUGCUUCAAUCUGGACCAUUUUGAGGCAAUGACCAUCUUCAGAAAGCAUAUAUAAUUUCCUCCUUUCCAUCUUUUAGAUUUAGAAGGGCUAUAGAUCUCAUAUAUUUUCUAAAAAAAUAUACCCUUGGAAAAUUCUUUUCAAAGUCAAAUUUAGGCAUUUCACUCUGUGUUGCAUAUUUCCUCUACCACUGGCCGUUAUUUUAGGGACCCAUAAAGUUAAUGCCACAAUCAUUUUAUGCUUGCGCUCACUCACACACACACUCUCUCUCUCCGUCACUCACUUUUAACAAAAUAGAACUGUGAUGUGUCUUCUUUGUAAGUUUAGGUAUAAAAUGCUAUGCAAGUUUUUCUUUAUAGUAAGAGCUUUAUUUUCUUUAAUAAUAUAGCCCCAACUUAUAUGUUUUAACCUUCCUUGUCCCUCAGAAUAAGCAGAAAACAUAACUGAUGAUAUCAUGUUCUAGACACAAGAAUUGAAACUGUGUAGUCAGUUGAGCUGAAAUUAACUAUGAAUUAAUUGAAUUAAUUCUACAGUGAUUUUGAUUUCCAUUUUAGUUGAUUAGCUAGUGAGUUUUGGCUGUUGCUUUUCUAGAGCUAGGUCCACACAGUGAAGGGAUAAGACAAUCUGUGCAGGUGAUCAGUAAAGCAGUGAACCAUCUAAACUUCAGGACAAUGACAUGGGGUUUUGUGUAUUCAACUGGAUAAUUCACUUCCACCACCCUCUUCACCUUGGCUGUGUAGAUAAAACUAUGUGUUCAAAUGAUGGUACUUUGACUUUUGAGGUUGUUUUUCCUUUUAUUCACAGAAUAAUCACUCUUAUUUAUUUGUGUUGUGUGUCUAACCCCUAGUGGGGUAUUUGGCUGCUAAAAUGAUUUACUCUGGGCCAAGGUUGGAGAGGUUCUUUAACAUCUUAUGGGAUUCACAGAAUUAUUUGGGGCUUACGUGGUAUAUUGGGGACUAGUCAUGUGAAAUGGUCAGGAUGAUCGCAAAAGGUUUCUUUGCUAGAAGAUGCUCCUGAAGAGAGAGAAUCUGGUUACAUCUUGUAGUGCAACAUGACAAAGAUGGCCAAAAUGAAAAUCAGUCUCGGUUUGUAAUCACAUAACCGAGGCGCUCACCUACACCAAGAUGAGAAACACAUCAUGGGAUUUGUAAUGUGGUAUGUGUUUUAGGAAAACUGGUAAACAACCAUCAGUGGUGGAUUAUGCUUUGAUGUAUUUGGGCCUGUUCUGCUGGCAUCGUUAUGUAUUCUGAGGUGUUUAGCUGAGAGUCAAAGUUGAAGGUGCAGGCCAAGACCAUGAGCAAAGCCAUACCUACUGGCUUAUAAAGAGCUUGAUGCUGUCUGACCAAGUGAGAUGAUUUCAGAGAGUAGGCCACCAACAUGCAGAGGAAAUUCUCAAAGGAAUAGGCAUAGUCAUGUUCAUAGAGAUAUUACUGACCAUCAGUCAUGCCCAGGGUCGUCAUUAAUACCUGCUUGUUUAAGGAAAUGUGUUUGAUCAUGGUGGGACCCUGGGCUUUCCUCAAAACUAUCAGACACAUUAGUGGCCCAUCACAUGGGACAGUCACAGGCAGAGACUGGACUGUAUUCCCCUCAUUCUACCCUGUGAGGAAAUAUUACAAUUUCUAAUUGUUGGUUGAAAAUACAUUAGAAUUUCCCUUCCUGAUGUUAAAAAAAAAAGGUGUAAUGUGACCAGUCUGGUAAGAAGUAUUAAUGAUGUAGCUAAUAGUACAGGUCCAUUUCCUACCAGUGCAGAUCGUAAUGGUCUCAGACAUUUCACAGGAGUCAGGACUUCCCCACGGAGGACAUGCUCUUCAUGUGAGCAGAGCACCCAUUCCAAACACAGGGAGCAGAUGUGGUCCUUGACCAGCGAACCUCAGCUGCAGAGCCCAUUGCAAACUUUGACAGUGAAGUGGUUACUUUCCAUUGACUUCUUUGUUCAUAACACCUUUCUCUAACUCUUAACAAGGAGACAUUACGUUUCACUUUAGAAGGUGAGAAUAACUUUGCUCAUGACUUACUUUUCCAGCUGCCUGGGAAAGCAAAGCAGGAAAGAGUGCCCAAUUGGGAAAGAGAUAUUUACACAGAACAAACAAAAGACCCCUCCCAAUCCUCAAUCCUGUCAUUGCCUGAGGCUCUUAUUUUUAACUCACUCAAAG